CGAGUAGAGCUGCUCGGACUCCCAAGGAAGUUUGCUGCUGUACCACGGUCAACACACGCCACCUGCGCCCCCGCUUCGCCGCGCAGCGCACACCAAUCUGCCCACGCGCCGCCCGGCCUCUCCUCUCUCUUCUUCCUACGCGCGCCGAGAGAAGAUGGGGAAGCGAUGGAUCCCGCUCGAGGCCAACCCCGACGUCAUGAACCAGUUCAUCUGGGGACUGGGAGUCACCGAGGGGGAGGCGCAGUUCUGCGACGUCUACGGCCUCGACGACGAGCUGCUCGCCAUGGUGCCCCAGCCCGUCCUCGCCGUCAUCUUCCUCUACCCGCUCACCUCCCUGGAUGAGAAGGUGGAGGAAUACGAUGCUUCUGCCACCUCGACGGCAGGGGGCAAGGAUUCAAGCAAGAAGGUGUACUUUACAAAACAGACUGUUGGCAACGCUUGUGGAACAGUUGGUGUUAUUCAUGCAAUAGGGAAUGCUGCAUCCGACAUCAAGCUGGUUGAGGGAUCUUAUUUUGAUAGGUUUUAUAAACAAACAGCUGACAUGGAUCCAGUUCAGCGUGCUGUCUUUCUUGAGGAGGAUGAUGAGAUGGAGGGUGCUCAUUUUGUUGCUGCUACUGCUGGUGACACUGACGUAAACGUUGAGGUGAAUGAACAUUUUGUCUGUUUCUCCUGUGUUGAUGGUGAACUUUAUGAGCUUGAUGGACGAAAAUCAAAACCGAUAUCUCAUGGCCCUUCAUCACCUGAGACCUUGCUGCAGGAUGCUGCAAAAGUCAUCAAGGCCAGAAUUGCGACGAACCCUAACUCGUUGAACUUCAACGUCAUGGUUCUUUCAAAACAGUGAAUCGGUGAUGUAAGGUGGAAUGGAUAGGCUUGGUCUUUUCCAUUCUCAUGGGCUGGUGCCUGAUAGUCAGCAUAGCCCGUCGGAAAAACAGAGACUUGUUGCCUAAAAGUAAACUGUGCUCUUUGUGCAAAAGUUAUGUCUUUGUCUUCUGGCUUUUGUAUCAGAAAUAAAAAAGGAGUAUUAGUUGCUGGAUUGAAAAAUGUCUACUAUA